AUGGCAGCAGCAGCCAGUGAGGAUAACUGGGAAUUGAUCAGCAAGCAGCAAAUCAUCGAUGAGCAGAACAACAGUGAGGAUGACGAGGACUACGAUGACGAUGAUGAUGAUGAUUGGGUCCACAUGUACGGGCAUCCCUACGAACGUUUGAUUGGGAAACACAACAGUAGCAUUGAGCUGGAUUUUGUUGCGGUGAAUAACGUUAAAAAGAAUAUCCCUGGUAAGCCGGCUUUUUCGGUUUAG